CUCAUGGAAACUCAGUCCCUCAUAAUUUGUUUUAACAACAAAGAUGAUGGCACCGGUGUUGGAUGGCUCAAGAUUGGCAGGAUGUUACUGCCAGAGCUUUGUGAGGGAGUCCAGAAUUCCAUGGCCAAAAGCCUGUGCUUUCUCAAGGCUGUCAAAAGUUUUCUCGCAGAAUUCCUUAAUAUCCUCAACUGCUAAGUUUACUUCUUCGCCCGUGCCAUUUCUUGGGGUUGGCUGUGUAAUCAAGAAAAAGGGAGUUAAUGUUCUGUCAGCAGACAUAUCAGCACUGAAUUUGGCUUCGGAAUUUCUUUACGCAUGUGAUGAUGAAUACGGUGGAGUUAUUAUUGAUCCAGAAAGCUUACCCUCAAGUGCAAACGCCUUUGUGUCUGCUCUUCGUGCUUCUCUAUCCAACUGGAAAAUGAAGGGUAAGAAGGGAGUAUGGCUCAAGAUACUAUCAGAGCAAGCUGAUCUUGUUCCAAUAGCAGUUCAGGAAGGUUUCACAUAUCACCAUGCUGAACCAGGAUACGUUACGUUAACAUACUGGAUUCCUGAUGAGCCAUGCAUGCUUCCUGCCAGCCCUUCGCAUCAAAUUGGCGUGGCAGGAUUCGUGCUCAACGACAAAAGAGAGGUCCUUGUGGUGAAAGAAAAAUGUCCCUGUAGUUGCUCCGGUGUGUGGAAGUUGCCCACUGGUUAUAUCAACAAGUCUGAAGAUAUAUUCUCGGGAGCUAUAAGAGAAGUGAAAGAAGAAACUGGUGUUGACACAAUUUUCCAGGAAAUGGUUGCUUUCCGACAUGCUCACCUUGUAGCUUUUGAGAAGUCAGACAUACUCUUCGUGUGCAUGCUGAAGCCAUUGUCCUCUGAAAUCACCAUUGAUGAGAAGGAGCUUCAAGCUGCCAAGUGGAUGCCACUUGAUGAAUUGCUGGAGCAGCCAUUUUAUCUGGAAGACCACAUGUCAAGAAAGGUCAUCGACAUUUGCAUUAAGGCGUAUGAAGAUCAGUACAGUGGAUUCAUUGCUCGUCAGUUAAACUCCAAAUUAGAUGGAAAAUUAUCAUACUUGUAUUACAAUGAAUUGAAAAAUAUUUCGAGUAUAGUUAUGUAAGUUGUAGUAAUCUGUUCCAAAAUGAAAUGAGAAUAAUACUACUUUGGGUUUGGGAUGCCAACGAUAAAGUUAGGCCAUUUGAUUGAUGUCUAUGCAAAUUUCGUGACUA